AUGGCUACCCACGGCAGGAGGCUAGUCAACACCGUUUUCUACAUACUACGCUUCUUCUGUAUGAAGUCAGCAAAAGCGUCUCGGUACUUCGGAAACACUAGGGUGACUCUACUAUACAGAUCGGAACUUAUCCUAUUUCGUUUCGCUCAGUUGCAGUUUCCACCAACAGAUGAAGAGAAGAAGAACCUCAACAUCUCAUGUGCGAUUCAACUCUAUUAUGGAAAUGCAAGGGACAGUGGACGACCUUGUGUUCCUUUUCUAGCAGCUCUAGAACAGCCCUUCAGAAAUAGAAUCAAUACCACCCAUGAUACGAAACUACGAACCCGCUCACGUGUGCUCGUUCAACUUCACCCCUUCGUGCGACUCGCGGAAGAAAUAGGACUGUUCAAUCAAAUACAGCUUUUCGACAACAGUCUACUACUAGUAGAGGAGCUCACCAUCACCAUCAAGGACUACGUCGACGAAAACGAUUUCGUAUGCAUCGAUCGGAAAGGUUGGAAAAGAAGAAUUGCAAGGCGUUCGACGGGCACGUCUGCUUUCUGUCAGAAGCAUGCUUGCCGACCCAAUGCGCAGGUGUUUUGUAUGUAUGACAACGCUCUCGCGCUAUUAGUCAUAAAUGACACCAUGCCAAGAAACGUCAUACCCGUGAAAGCGUGGGGAACAAUCACCAAAACAUACUACGGAUUUCCAAAAGUUCCCAAAGUUGCGCUUCCAUCGAACUCAGAAAAGAGAAGCGUUUUCGGAUCACGAGAAAGUGCAGAAUCGACCACAAAUUCAAAUACGGCACCGAUUUCGACGCAAUGCAUUGAAGGAGGAAUUCUCGUAAACAGCAGUUUCCACAAUGAUAUAACCGAGAUAUGCAUUGGACAAUACUGCACUUUCCUCCAGAAGAUCACUUCCCAGGAAGUAAUAUUCCCGAACUCCCUCAUAUCGUACAACUACGACGUCUCUGUCAGAACAUGGAACAAGGGGAAAAUCACCGAGGAAGUCGUAAUCUCCUGCAAAGCGCACCCAAUAUAUUUCUUCGCGGAUCGCCUCGGAUACAACGGAGCCAGCUUCGCGCCUACAUCAGUCGUAGAAGACGCAACCACAAUCGCAGAUAUCUCGCAAGUCUCAUGGCGAUCUUACUCAGUUCUUCAGUCCGCUGAAGGGUGCUCGGAAGUUUCAACACUUACGGCUCAUGAAACGGUAUGCCUCACCACUGAAGACACAGAAACCUGUACAUUCAACGAAGCUACCCUCAUCACCUUGCAACCGCUUCAACAGGAAAGCUGCUUAACGUUGAGGGAUAAACUUGACAACCCUAUUGGAAUCAUCUCCAUCAAAGUGAAUGGAAUUGACUUCCAAUGUCCAAGCUGCUCUCUGAGUCAGUUCAUUGCUGUUACCAUGCCGGCAGCUGUAUCCCAAAUGCCUGUGAUAGCACAACGCCAUCGGACAAAAUCAAAGAAUUCUCAGACACUGCGAACAAUAGUCCAGGAUAUUCUUUCUGCUCUAGGAGCUGUGGAUGCCUUUUUUGCGAUGGAUGCUUUUUCUGCACUCCAAGCUGUUUGUUCCAUCGACUUUACGCGGUACCAACGAGCCAUACUAUCUACACUGUCUUUACGUGCCCAAGCUGGGAAAUCGUCAUCAGCGUCGACAUUGUACUACAACAACAAGGUUCAACAUCAAGUGCCACGCUGGAACUCCAACCAGGACGCACAGCAUCGUGGAACAACAUCCGCCUCAGUCUCAUCGAAAGUAUCCUGCACAUGUAGCCCAGGAGAUAUGGAAGCCCUCAUGCAAGCAUCUCCUCUGCCGCAGUCGUCGAAAAAUUUCAUGAUCUACUCACGUCACAACGCCAUACUAGCAAAGACCAAUGUCGGAAGCGCCAUCCAACUCCACUUCGUAGCGGAAGAUCUGAAAAUUACCUCUCGUCAGUCCAACAGUUCCUGCGAAGUUGAAACGAGUGACAUUACAGGUUGCUACAACUGCUUAGCCGGCGCCGAACUCACACUGUCAUGUCGCAGCUCUCAUGAGGAAGUGACCGCCAGCAUUAUUUGCCCGACACAGACGCAAAUCGCAAAGAUGCACAAGAAACGGGACACUUGA